AUGUGGGUGCUUCGGUACUCUUAUGUUGAAGAAACCGGGGAAGUUAAGAAAGUUUCAUGUUGUAUCCGUCAAAAUGUUCAAUACACUAUCGGGAGAUCGAGCAAGAAUAAUCUAGUGAUCAAGAAUGACAAGAGUAUAUCGCGACAGCAUGUUUCAUUGAAGUGGUCCAGUUCUAAAAAUUGUAUAGAGCUGACGAAUACUGGUAAGCUUACAAAGAGCUCGGAAAAGUACCUAGGAUCUAAUGAAUUAAUAACAUACUCGGCAGAUGAAACCCAAAUAGAAAUGCUUUUGGGUGUAGCACCUGUGAAAAUUAUAUUAUCCAGAAUAGAUGAAUUAUUUGACAUACCGAAUUCACUCAGCCAGUUUAGAGAGACUUUAGAAACAUUGGGCAUUCAAAUAAGUGUAGAUAAUGCUAAUGUCAAUUCUACGAGCCUGAUUACAGUGGGUGAUUUUGGUUAUAGAGAACUAUUUGCUGCCUGUAAUGAUAUUAACAUAUAUUCUAGCGGUCUAUUAACUGAGAUCUGUAACAAAUUAGUAAAUGACCAUGAUAACUUUGACGCUGAAUGGCGAUCAAUGCAAUCAUCAUACCAUAGGAACUUGGACUUGGAGGGUUUGCUAUCACAAUUUGGUGGGAUUAGAGGAAAGUUUUUUUUUCUGUUGUACAAAAUCGAUUGGUUUAUUAUAAGUUAUUUGAAGCCUUUUCUGCUGAAACUGUCAGUUGAAAUUCAUGAUUCGAUACAUAAGAAUGAUGAUUUAUUAAGAUUGAUAAGUUCAAAACAAGCUGAUGAAAUACCCAUUGUGAUAUCGAAUGAGAAAAUAAAAUACUUGCCUGAAGACACUUUACAGAUUCAUUCUGAUGAUAUAUAUAAGUUUAUCGAGUCUGGUGACCUCUACCGAAAUGCAAUAAGAUAUCAGUCUAUGGAACGUAAGCCAAUUUAUGAUUUAGAGGAUGAAACAACAAAUGCGAUUAUUCCUCAAAAAAGAAGUCUAGCAAAUACAUCACAGCCAACAGAUACUAGUCUUGAGUCGACUAAAAAAAAGAGGGUUCGUCGGCAUAAAGUUGAACCCUUAAAUAGCUUGAGCUUUUUUGCUGGCGGAAUAUCUCCAGUGCCUGGUACUAACAACGAAUAUAACCAAUCUAAGGUUAAUGGACAUCUCGAUUCCGAAAUUUCUCCGGAUUCAGCGUCGACAACCAGAGAACAGAAAAUACCUGGACAAUCACAUACCAUAUCCACAACUCGAAUGGAACAUGCUUUAACUGAUGAUAAUUCAGAGCCAACGAUCGUUCAACGCUCAAUAGCAGAAGGUAUUAGUCAUAGAGAUCAAUUAAUUGGCAAUGAUGAGGUUGUUGAGGAUCAGCAUCAUUUACCGGAUAGGAAGAAGAGGGACAUUCAUGAAAAUACAAUGUACAAUAAUAGUUACAACGGUAAUAAAUCUUUAUACGGUGUAGAGAAUUCUCUUACUCAAAGCAAUUUACUUCAAAGUAUGGGAUAUGAAAAGAGUAAUAAUAAGACGGAAUUAUCCAAAAAAAAUGCGGGAGGUAUAAUGUCAACGGAGAAGAAUUUAGAUGCCCAACGUCCAAACUUGAAAUCUCAAACAUUAAACUCAUUGGAAGAUAAUGACCCUAAGCGAACCCUACAAAAAAGAGACAUUGAUAUAGUUAAAUUAGUUCAAACUACGAAAGAAUCGGAAGUAAAGCGUUUGAGUUCUACUAUUGUAAAAAUUGAGGAUUCUGAAUUAACGGAAGAAGCUAUCAAUAAACUUAAUGACUUAGUACUCGUCGAGCCAGUAGCAGAUUUGAUAAGGACUAAAUCGGAUAUCUCUGCAAACAAUACUACACAACAGCAAUGGAAAAAUAGAAAAAACUUCAAAAAAUUUGUGAAAAUUUGUCCUAAAUAUAAGAGCGAGCAAAGCAGUAUUGAGUCAAUGUCAAGGCAUAUACGCGGCAGUGGUGAGAUUCUUACGAGGGAAUUCUUGCAAACUAAGAAUGUACCUGUGGAUUAUUACAACUCACAUCACGAUCAAAAUGAUUUUGUUGAUGAGAUUAAUACUGCACCUCAGGCUAAUAAAUCCAAUUCGUUUGUGCAUCAAAUUUUACCUGAAAUAGGAGAUGAAAAUGAGAACUCGUUUUCCUUUACUCGUACAGCUAUUGGUAAUGGCAAUAAUAAUUCUGCAAAUGAGAUUAAUAACAGUAACCAACAACUGUUUGUAGUUGAUGAUGAUUUUGAGGACUCUCAAGACGUUGGACAUCUUCUAAAUAAAGCUGAUACCACUGAACCGCCACAACAGCUUCAAGAUCAUGAGGACACAAUGAACGAUGGCCCUGGUAGUACCACUCCAGUACGUAAUAAAAGAAAUAGAGGGAAAGUUUCUGUUACCAAUGGAGGUAACAGAGUCAGGUCGGUUGUAAAGGGCUUCACAAAUGAAGAUGAUGAUGAUGAUGAUGAUGAUGACGAACCUACUUUCAAGUUUUCCAGGCAUCGUUAA